AUGUCGACUCCCUACAAUCAGAACACCUCAUACUCGACGUCUUACGGUACCCAACCUCAGCCGACCUUCCCGCCACCAAUCACAUCAGCGUACUCGCCACCCGCCUCAGCGAUGUCUCCGCCCGCAUCUGGGACACCCGCGCCCAAGAAACGUGGCCGUAAACCGAAGGACAAGGACGCGGAGAAAGGAGCCGCGAGGGAAGGCGGAGGCAGCAAAGAAAGCGGCAAAGCGAAAGCCAAAGAACGUACACCAGCGCCCGCACCGAACUCGCCCAUGCCACCCCCACCAGUCCCGACGUCCGCAGCCGGCGCGCUUAUUGCCGACGUCCUAGCGCAGAGUAUGGCCGGUCCGAGUUCCGGCGCUGGUCAAGCGCAGGCUGGACAAGGACAAGGGCAGGGAGAAGAGGGAGAUGGAGAGGAGGACGACGAGUUUCUGCCGGCUAUGGCGGACGACGAUUAUAGCGCGCAGCUGUCGUGGCAGAGCCAGAGUAAGGAUAAUCUGAAGGUGUUGAUGGAUAGCUUUGGGCCGGAGCAGUAUGAGAGGUAUGAGGCGUAUAGGCGGAGCGCGUUGAGUAAGGGUGCGGUUAGGAAGGUUGUGCAGCAGAGCUUGGGGCAACAGGUCAGCGCACCUGUGGCGCAGAUUGUAGCCGGCUUCAGCAAGGUGUUCGUGGGCGAGAUCGUCGAACGAGCGCGUGCUGCACAGGCUCGCCGUGGCGAGUCAGGUCCUCUCAGUCCAGAUCAUCUUCGCGAAGCAUACCAUCAAUACCAGCUGGAGACAGGUCGGGUGGGCGCUGCUCGACCGUGUAAAGGCAAACGACUAUUCCGACGAUAG